AUGCUGUUCCUCCAACUCAUAGCCUCUUUCUUUUUCCUUCUCCUUCUUCCCUUACUUUCCAUCCUCUUCCUUACCAGAGCUUCAGCAUCUCCACCACCCUCCACCACCACCAGCCUCCCAAGAUCCUACCCUAUAAUCGGUUCAUUCUUGGCUGCGCUUGCUAACCGCAACCGCAGUCUCCAAUGGAUUUCAGACAUCGUCCAACUCUCACCCUCCGCCACCUACGUCCUCCACCGCAACUUCGCCACUCGCGUGGUCUUAACCGCCAACCCAGCCGUUGUUCAGCACAUCCUCAAGACCCACUUCCACAACUACGGCAAGGGAAAUAUUUUCCCCCAAACCCUCAAAGACUUGCUCGGCAACGGCAUCUUCAACGUCGACGGCGAAUCCUGGAAAUUCCAAAGACAACUUGCCAGCCACGAAUUCAACACCAAGUCCCUGCGCAAGUUCGUCGAGACCGUCGUGGACACCGAGAUCUCCGACCGCCUCAUCCCGAUCCUCUCCUCAGCUGCCGCUACCGGAACAGUCCUAGACUUCGAGGACAUUCUUCAAAGGUUUGCCUUCGAUAAUAUUUGUGAAAUCGCUUUCGGAUUCGACCCCGCAUAUCUCUUGCCCUCUCUUCCACAAACCAAAUUCGCUCAAGCCUUUGAAGAUAGUGUCCAGAUCAGCGGCGACAGGAAAGAGUUUUGA